AAGCCCAAAAAUAGAAAAACAAAAUCUUGAAAUUCUUGAUCUUGGCAUCGAAAUCGGAGGGCCUAUAAACUCGCACCAAACAAACCCAAUCAUCAUCGCCUCCAAGAAACCUGAAGAUUCUCGGGACGCCAUUAUCGCCCCUUCCACACUUCCCUUCCCUUUGAGAGAGAGAGAGAGAGAGAGAGAGAGAGAGAGAGAUCGAGAUCAUUCAAUUCAAAUUCGAUUCAAUUCAAAUUCAAUUCAAUUCAUUUGGGGAUUAGAUAGGCAGAGAUCUAGAGAGAGAGAGAGGUAAACAACCCGAAUCAAUCGAAUCUCUUAUAAAUAUAUAAAAAAUAUAGGCUGCAGAGAGAUGAAGCAAAUGUCGCAUCUCGAUGACAUUCCUUCGACGCCGGGCAAGUUCAAGAUGGAUAAAUCGCCCUACUUCCACCGUACGCGGUGGCAAUCCUCCGUGGCCAAGCUCGCCUUCUGGUCGCUCGUCUUCGUCGGAUUGAUCUUCAUCUUCUUCUACCGAUCUCCCUCCUCCAACCCCGUCUCCUCCGAUCCCUCUCGCCGCUCGCUCCGCACCUACGCCUACACCUGGGGUGGACCCGCCUGGGAGAAACGGGUCAGAUCCUCCGCCCGUGUCCGUACCCGCCACGGUAUCUCCGUUCUCGUCACCGGCGCCGCCGGUUUCGUCGGCACCCACGUCUCGGCCGCCCUCAAAAGACGCGGAGACGGCGUUCUGGGUCUCGACAACUUCAACGAUUACUACGAUCCGUCGCUCAAGAGAGCAAGGCAAGCCCUUUUGGAGAGGAGCGGCGUCUUCGUCGUUCAAGGAGACAUCAACGACGCGGCUCUCCUCAAGAAGCUCUUCGAGGUCGUCCCUUUCACCCACGUUAUGCAUUUGGCCGCUCAGGCCGGCGUCAGGUACGCCAUGGAAAACCCCAGCUCCUACGUCCACAGCAACAUCGCUGGCUUCGUCAACCUCCUCGAGGUCUGUAAAUCCGCCAAUCCCCAACCGGCCAUCGUCUGGGCUUCCUCUAGCUCCGUCUACGGGUUGAACACCAAAGUCCCUUUCUCCGAGAAAGACGCCACUGACCAACCGGCUAGUCUCUACGCUGCUACCAAGAAGGCCGGUGAAGAGAUUGCUCACACUUACAACCACAUCUAUGGCCUCUCUCUCACCGGAUUGCGCUUUUUCACCGUCUACGGUCCUUGGGGAAGACCCGACAUGGCCUACUUCUUCUUCACCAGAGACAUUCUCAAGGGGAAACCCAUCUCCAUCUUCGAGGGCGCCAACCACGGAACCGUCGCUAGGGACUUCACCUACAUUGAUGACAUUGUCAAGGGCUGCUUGGGGGCUCUCGACACAGCCGAAAAGAGCACCGGGAGUGGCGGUAAGAAGCGCCGCCCCGCUCAGUUGAGGGUUUUCAAUCUCGGCAACACCUCCCCUGUCCCCGUCACUGAUCUCGUCACCAUUCUCGAGAGGCUCCUCAAGGUCAAGGCCAAGAGGAACAUCAUGAAGCUGCCCAGGAACGGCGAUGUCCAGUUCACUCAUGCUAACAUCAGUUCCGCGCAGAGAGAGCUCGGUUACAAACCCACCACCGAUCUCCAGUCCGGUCUUAAGAAGUUUGCCAGAUGGUAUUUGGGUUACUACAAUGGCGGAAAGAAAGCUACAAGCUGAUUGACCAUCCCCCUUCAUCUCAAUGUUGUAGCUUGUGUAAGCCCUCUCUUUUUUUUUUUUUUUUUUGAUUCGAGAUUCUUGUGAUCGUUUCACGUUUUUAACACUUACUUACUUGCUCCUUUUGUUGGUUCUUUGGCCGGCUCAUACUCUUUGUCUUCUCCGUAUAUGUUUUUUACGCAACGAUUUAUACUCCCAUAAGAACCAUAAAUUCGAGAUUA